UGCGCGUGAGGUUUUUGGACGUUUGUAUGUGAUGUGAUAUUUGUGGGGGAGAGGUGGUGCGGUUUGACUCUUUGAUGGGAUUAGGGUUGGAUUAUUGAAGGCGUCGUUGAUGAGAUCUUUGGUUUUCAGUUAAUUGCUCGCUAUAAUGAGUUUCGUGUUUGGCAAAGGAUCGAUACGGAUCUUCAAGACAACGGAUGAGGAAUUUCGCUUGCGCGAAAUCUACGGCGACGGAAAUUGUAUGUUUCGCGCCAUCAGCUUCAUCCUUUGGGGAACGGAAAAUCGUCACAGGCAACUGCGCUCUUUGGUCGUAAACCACAUCGAGGACACCUGGCGUGAGUUACGUCCCUACGUCCUAGCCGAAUGGAACGUCUCGAGUCCUUCGGUCUACGCGAACUUCAUGGGCGCCGACGGAACUUUCGCCAGCGAGCUCGAGUGCGUCGUCGCAACGAAACUCAAACGAUUGAACCUCGCGAUUUAUCGACGCGCCGACACGACCGGCAACCUCAGAUGCAUCUUGGAGAGCCGUCAGUUCAGCAACAGGCGCGUCAAGACGGCCAAUCUCCUGUUCAGCGGGAAAAACGAAUAUGGACAUUACGACGUUCUGCUGCCGAAGAGAUGAUGAGCUGAACGAUUUUUUAUGUUUUUUGUAAAGAAACUGCGGCGUGAUCUUUAAAUAUAUUUACGUGAAAUUAUUAA